CCUACAGAUGUUCAUUUUUUUUAUUUUUCCUAAGGAUCAAAACCAACACAACAUUCACUUCUCUCACAUCCAUCUCUACUCUCAACUUCUCCUUUAAUCCCUUCAAUCUGCAGUAAAUAUGCAGACUUCAUCACAUUUGAGUUCUUACUCCAAUGAUGAUUCUGAGCAUUAUGAUUCAAGGUCGGCAUCCUUUUCCUCGCUUCCAAGCCUCCCAAGAGUUCCUGGCCUUACAGUCAAUCCCUAUGAACUAAACCAUCUUUCCAGCACCCUAAGCAACUGCAUAACCACACUCACAGGACAUACCUCCUACAUAUUCUCUCUUACUUUGGCUGGGAAAUAUCUCUAUACAGGCUCUUCGGACAAUGAAAUCCGAGUAUGGAAACGCAACCCCUUCAGCUAUGAAGCUGAUGAUGAUGAGAGCCUAGCUAACAAUGUGGUGGCAGUUGGAAAAAGCGCAGUAAAGUCUUUGCUUGUUUUAGCCAAUCAGCUAUUAAGUGGACACCAAGAUUGCAAAAUCAGAAUAUGGAAGAUUAAAAACCAGGAAUCACUUAACAUAAAAUAUGACAAAAUCGCUACCCUACCCACACUUGGUGAUCGUACUAUGAGACUUCUAAACCCAAGCAACCAAGUUGAGAUUCGAAGGCAUAAGAAAUGUACAUGGGUACAUCAUGUUGACACUGUCUCUGCGAUAGCCUUAUCGCAAGACCAGUCCCUUCUCUACUCUGUUUCAUGGGACAGAACACUAAAAAUCUGGCAAACAUCUGACUUCAGAUGUUUGGAGUCAGUUAAGAAUGCACACGACGAUGCUAUAAAUGCAAUCGCCGUGUCUUAUGAUGGAUAUGUUUACACAGGAUCAGCAGAUAAGAAGAUUAAAGUAUGGAAGAAAUUCCCAGGAGAGAAGAAGCAUACUCUGGUCAACACACUGGAGAAGCACAUUUCAGGGAUAAACGCCUUGGCGCUUAGCCCUGAUGGGUUGUUGUUGUACUCAGGGGCAUGUGAUAGGUCAAUAUUAGUGUGGGAAAAGAGUGGUGAUGACGAAAGCAUGGAACUUUUAGGAGCGUUGAGGGGCCAUACUAAAGCUAUAUUGUGUUUGGCCGCCGUUGAUGACUUGGUUUUCAGUGGUUCAGCUGAUAAAACUGUAAGAGUUUGGAGAAGGGUUGGGAGACACUAUUGUUGUCUCGCGGUAUUGGAAGGGCACCAGGGUCCAAUCAAGUGCUUGACUGCAGCAGCUGAUGCUUAUUACCCUCAUAAUAACACAUCUACCUCAAUUUAUCUUGUCUAUAGUGGUAGUUUAGACUGUGAUAUUCGAGUAUGGCAGGUAUUGGUAUCUAAUUGAACCACUAUCUAUGCUUAGUAUAAUAGUAAGACUAGUACCCUUAUAGAAAAACUAUGUUCUAAAAGGUAAGAAUUUUUAUUAGUUCCACAAAUUGCAGAUUUGCAAUGUGAACUUCAAUGUUUUAAUGCAUCAAUAAAAGAUAAUAUUACUACUAAU